GAAUGAAUAAACUAAUAAGCAAAAGGGUGAAUAAGUAAAUAAACAAAUGGACAAAGGAAGAAAGUAACAGGUUGAGUCAAAAAUUGAUAAGGGAAAAUAAACUCGGUGAAUCGUAUUAAAGUGAAAAUUUAAUCGAGAAAGUGGUAUAAUAAAAGAAUUGAACAAAAUAAGUCAUAGUUAUAGUGCAUAAAAUACUGUGACUAAAUCGGAACGGUUUUUAGAGGAAAAUCCGCGAUCCGAACGGCAGUGACCAUGAUAAAAUUUGUGCUAGCGGCGUAUCUUUUAGGCUUCGUGCUCGCCGGAAGUCCAAGACUUCCGAGGACCUCGGCGGACCAGCGCAGCAUCAGAAACGCAAACAGCAUUAGCAGCGCAACGAGCAACAGCAUCAACGGAAGUCUUCUUCCUGCUCCUUCGCGAGGCGCUCAUCGGAACAGGGAACAGUACCUCUUCAAUGUCUUCGAAGUGAUUGUCUCGACCCUCGAAUCAAAGCUGCAAAGGAUAGAAAACCUCGACAAGGCAGUCGAACACCUCAUGAGGAGGGUCGAAGCCCUCGACUCUCGGGUGAACGACAACAUUGAUAAGACGGACGCGGUUAUCUCGAAACUGGGGACCUUAGAUCUGAAGCUAUUCCACGCUCAGACCGCUGGUUUUCCGCAGGAAGUAGUCGUCGAAUCUCGAACAGCGGAGAGCAGAAGCAAUGCCGACCACGGCGCUCCGACGAUCCGCGUCAUUCAUCACGAUGACCCGUCGCCGGAAUCCCUUGGGGAGAAGCUUUUGUCGCUUGAUCAAAAGGUUUCGGAUAUCGACGAGAAACUUGUCAUACUCAAGAACCAGCUGGACAACAAUUUCGUCCCAGCGGACGACAUAAACGCCGAAGCCAGCGAGAAGAAGCCGAUCAGCAUGAACGUUAUCGAGAUAACCAAGGCUCUGAACAACGAAGUGAUAAACCACGUCUCUGUCGAGAUCGAGAAUCUGCGGCAGGCGACCGGCAGCAUGGACCGGAAGCUUCAAUUCCACAUGAACGUUGUCUCGGACAAUCUCGGAGCUGUUUACACGAUGAUGCGUGACGUCCACGAGGCGAUCGUCGACAAAGACACGCCCGUCAACGUCACCACGACGCAGCCUCCCCCGAAGCAGAGCAAGAUCGACAGGAUCGUCGAACAAAUGCACCCGAUGCUCACGGUCUCUGAAAAGAUGGACGAAGUUUGGGACGUUGUGGUGAGCAAAGAAAAAGUUGGCACCAAGAGUUCCGUGGACGACCUCGUUCCCAAGUCGGACGAACUCUUGACGCAGACUCAGCGCCAGGAGAGAGCCAUAAGCGAAAUUCACGCGGACCUCAGGUCGAAGACUAACAAGAUAAUCGAGAACCUGGAAGGCGUCGAGAGCAGGCUCAAGAAGCAGGAGGACGACGUCGCGACUUUAGCCCAGAGACCGGUGCCGGCUGAACUUCUCCUUGACCCAACCAUCGACAGGCUUGUCGAGUACGACCCGAGCAGCUCCUCGCAUUCUAUUCACAGGUACGUCGGAAUCCCCGAAGAGCUUCCAACCGAAACGCCGAUAAACGCUUUCGUCACGACGACGGUGCCACCCGCGACGACGACGACACCUUCCUCCGUCGCACCCCCGUCCAGCAGCCAAACCAUCGUCGUAACGACCCCGACGACACCCUCCUCGAGCCAGAGACCAGCCACUCGUAACAGAGGAGUCAUUUUUCCGAGCGUCAAGAACAAGCCAAGCCCUGCCAACUCAACGUUCACAUCCGACAUCCUCGCCAACUUCAAAGACAUCAAGGGCUAUUCUUGCGUGGAUCUCCUCAAUGCUGGAAUGAGGGACAGCGGCGUUUACUACCUUCAAAUCCGAGGUACAACCUACUGGUUCCUCAAAGUCUACUGUGAACAGGAACUCGCCGAUGGAGGCUGGACGGUGAUCCAAAGACGAGAUGACUUCGGUGAUUCCAGGGAAAACUUCAACCGAGACUGGGCCGAUUAUAAAAACGGCUUCGGUGAUCCCGCAAGGGAAUUUUGGCUCGGUAACGAGAACAUUUACAUGUUGACGAACAACGAGGACUACAUGCUGCGGGUAGAGCUUGAGGAUUUCGAAGGAAACAAGAGGUACGCCCAGUACUCUCACUUCAAAAUAUACUCCGAGGGUGAAUACUACAAGCUAGAAAUCGACGGGUACGAAGGAAACGCGGGAGACUCUCUGAACGAUCCUUGGUACGGGUCGAACAACAGCCCCUUUUCAACCUAUAACAGAGACAACGACAGAUCGUCGCUGAACUGCGCCUCGAUGCUGAAGGGUGGAUGGUGGUGGAAGUCCUGCGGUCGCGGGUUGAACGGAUUGUACCUGAAUGAUCCGCAGGACCUUACAGCUCGACAAGGAAUUGUUUGGUUCCGUUGGAGAGGCUGGGACUACACCCUGAAGAAGGCGUUGAUGAUGAUCAAGCCGAAGGGGCCGAUGCCCGUAGUUUAGACGGUGAUUUGAAUCUAUAUAGCAACGCCCUUGAUAAGAUAAUUUUUGGUAAAUUAAUGUUUAGAUGAUAUUAUAAGUGGCGGUCGCCGACGUCAUGCUUAUUAUUGGAGAAAGUGUAAGUCAUGAAUCAGUAUAACUUGUG